AUGCCUGAAAGUGAGCAAGUACCAGGCUCCGAUAUUAAACCCUGGGCCCGACCGGAAGCCCAAUGCUAUUGCUUCACCAACGCAAAUGUUGUGGAUGUGAAAGAGGGGAAGAUCCUGGAAGCAAGUACGGUUAUCACUCGACAGGGGAAAAUACAGUCUAUCUCUUCCCUGCUGCCAGAGCCUCUGCCGAUCGAUCUCAAGGUGAUUGAUUGCGAGGGUCGCUUUCUCUGCCCUGGCCUGUUUGAUGCUCAUGUGCAUUUAUGCGCCGUCCCUGGGUUUAGCGAUCUCUCCAGGGCUUUUGGUAACCCAAAUGAUGUUCACUUACUCCGGCAACCGUACACCGCAGCCCAGAUGCUGCACCGAGGAUUCACUAGCAUUCGGGACUGUGGUGGUGCGCAGCUUGCUCUGAAAGAGGCGAUCGAAGAUGGAGUAUUCCCUGGUCCCCGGGUGUUUAUUUCUGGUCAUGCUCUCUCCCAAUUUGGAGGACACGGUGACCUUCGUGGAUCUCACGAGCCUACUGAAUGCUGUGGAGGUACUCAUAGCAACAAUCACCUGGGCCGCCUAUGCAACGGAGUGCCUGAGUGCAUGGCGGCUGUGCGUGAGGAAAUCCGCUGUGGUGCCGACUUCAUCAAAAUCAUGGGCUCUGGUGGUGUGGCAUCUCCUACAGAUAAAUUGGAACAUCUUCAAUUUACAUCUGCAGAAAUCCAAGCAAUGGUUGAGUGUGCCUACAACGCAGGAACUUUUGUAACUGCCCAUGCCUACACCGUGAAAGCCAUUAGGCACUGCAUUGACAAUGGAGUGAAAGGAAUUGAGCAUGGAAAUUUCGUUGAUCCACCAACUGCCAAGUUAAUGGCCGAAAACGGCGUCUAUCUCACACCCACACUCAUUGCAUACGCACAAAUGGCCUCAGACCAAUGGAAGGGAUACUUGCCCUCUGAGUCUCAGGCGAAGAACUCACAGGUCUUGAAAUCCGGUCUAGAGGCGUUGAGAAUUGCGUCCGAGGCGGGUGUUACCAUGUGCUAUGGCUCCGAUUUACUAGGCCCUCUGGGCUCUGCUCAAACACAUGAGUUUUCUCUGCGAUCGCAGGUGCUGACGUCCCUCGAGAUUUUGCGCAGUGCAACCAUAAAUCCGGCCAAGAUGAUGGGAUGGGAAAACUCGAUCGGACAGAUCAAAGAAGGGUUUCAGGCCGAUCUUAUUUUCUUGAGUCAGAAUCCUCUGGAAGACGUGACAAUAUUUGAUCAGCCAGAAAAGCACGUCUUAGGCGUGAUGAAAGAUGGCCGUGUUUACAAGAGCCGCUGGACAGCACUGCCAGAAGACUCUGAAAUUCCGAUUCGGGUAAAAUAUAAUUGA